AGGAGAGUAGAUAGAGAGAGAAGACGGCCGUGGUCGGCAGCAAAUCACGCACACGAAUCACGAUGGUUCAAAGUCGAAUAGUGUUGUUUGUGUUCAAGGAUUGGGUUUGGCCACAGACAUUGUUAGAAUUUCAGAGAUGGCCAAAAACUUGCCAUACCUGAAAUUCUUGCUCAUCUCGCUGUUGUUGCAGUACCACGUGAAUUGGGUCACCGCCAACGCAGCUCAAUGGCACGGCGGAGGUGGCGGCGAGCAACCACUGUCCAAGAUUGCAAUUCACAGGGCCGUUUACGCGCCCCGCGAUUCGGCUUCUAUCACAGCCUAUCCUCUCCUCCUUGGCAUAAAGGGAGAAGAUGCUCAGUGGAUAACUGUGGAGCUCAGACACACUGAUCGUUCCGAUGAUGAUUGGGUUGGGGUUUUUUCUCCUGGAAAAUUCAACUCAUCAACGUGUCCACCUGAGGACGAACCAAGACAAGUAGCUCCCUAUAUAUGCUCGGCCCCAAUAAAGUACAAGUAUGCCAAUGACUCCAAUCCUGAUUAUACAAAGACCGGCAAUGCAUCUUUGAAGUUCCUAUUAAUCAAUCAGCGGGCAGACAUCUCAUUCGCAUUGUUUGCAGGAGGGUUAUCAAAUCCAAAAUUGGUCGCCAUUUCAAAUAUUAUAAGCUUUGCAAAUCCUAAGGCGCCCCUUUAUCCGCGCCUUUCACAAGGGAAGUCUUGGAAUGAAAUGACAAUAACAUGGACAAGUGGCUACAACAUUAUUGAAGCGGUUCCUCUUGUUCAAUGGGGCCUCAAGGGAGAGUACCAAAGUUACUCACCUGCCGGAACAUUGACAUUUCAUCGAAAUAGCAUGUGUGGUGAGCCUGCACGAACAGUUGGUUGGCGAGAUCCUGGUUUUAUACACACAAGCUUCUUAAAAGAUUUGUGGCCAAAUUCAGUGUACACAUACAAGCUUGGUCAUAAGUUGUUUAAUGGAACCUAUAUCUGGAGCAAGAUAUAUUCUUUCAGAUCAUCACCAUAUCCAGGGCAAGACUCAUUGCAGCGUGUUGUGAUAUUUGGCGACAUGGGAAAGGCAGAGCGUGAUGGUUCAAACGAAUACAAUAACUAUCAACCUGGCUCACUAAACACCACAGAUCAACUGAUCCGGGACUUGGAUAACAUCGACAUAGUUUUCCAUAUAGGAGAUAUCACAUAUGCAAAUGGAUACCUCUCACAGUGGGACCAGUUCACAUCACAAGUGGAGCCGAUUGCAUCAACUGUGCCAUAUAUGAUUGCAAGUGGGAACCAUGAACGUGACACUCCCGGGACAGGGUCUUUUUAUAACACUAAUGAUGCAGGUGGUGAAUGUGGUGUGCUAGCUGAGACCAUGUUUUAUGUCCCUGCUGAGAACAGAGCCAAGUUUUGGUAUUCGACGGAUUAUGGGAUGUUCCACUUCUGCAUAGCCGACACUGAGCAUGACUGGAGAGAGGGUUCCGAGCAGUACAGAUUCAUCGAAAGCUGCCUCGCAUCAGUGGACAGACAAAAACAGCCUUGGUUGAUCUUUGCUGCUCACCGUGUCCUCGGGUAUUCCUCGGAUUUCUAUUAUGCCUUGCAAGGCUCGUUUGAGGAGCCCAUGGGAAGAGAGAGUUUGCAAAAGCUCUGGCAGAAGUACAAGGUGGACAUUGCAUUUUUCGGUCAUGUCCACAACUAUGAAAGAACAUGCCCAAUUUACCAGAAUCAAUGUGUGAACACAGAAAGAUCUCAUUACUCUGGCACUGUCAACGGGACAAUCCACGUCGUUGUCGGCGGAGGAGGAAGUCACUUAUCAGAGUUCAGCCCAGUGCAGACACUGUGGAGUCUAUAUAGAGAUUAUGACUAUGGUUUUGUCAAAUUGACAGCAUUCAAUCACUCAUCUCUUCUCUUUGAGUACAAGAAGAGCAGUGAUGGGAAGGUUUAUGACUCCUUCACUAUCUCAAGGGACUACAGAGAUGUCUUGGCCUGUGUACCUGAUGGUUGUUCACCUACCACUUUGGCUACGUGAUCUAAAUCUUACAAUUCUUUUGAAGAUUGUCCUCUAUAAAGUAUGAUUGUCUAUGGUCAAUACAAUGUAUGUGAACUAUGCUGCUUUAUAGUUGUGUACAUCAAUAUCUCAUCGUUGGUGUCUUUAUCACAACAUGUACGUAGUCUUUGUCCUAAAUACAAAGCAUAUGAUUUUUGUCAA